AUGGCAGCGGUGUCUGUCUCGGUGUCGGUGUGGACGCUGGUGUCGAUCUCACUGGAGCGCUUCUUCGCCAUCGUGCGCCCUCUGCAGUCCCGGCGCUGGCAGACCAUAUCGCACGCCUACCGCGUCAUCGCCGUCGUCUGGGCACUCUCGCUUGUUCACGUGGCACCCAUCGCCGUGCUAAGCCAACUCAUACCCACGAGGACGGCAGGGCGUCAAAAGUGCCGCGAGCUGUGGCCCAGUGACGAAGCAGAGAAGGUCUUCAACCUCUACUUGGACUCGGUGCUCCUGGUGCUGCCUCUGCUCAUCAUGAUAGUCGUGUACGCCGUCAUCACGCGCACGCUGUGCGUCGGCAUACGCCUGGAGAACCGAUCCGUCGCACUAGGCAUCCCGAUGAAGUCCGCAGCGCGCGAGAUGGACAAGGGAAGCAGCUCCUGCAGCGGCACGGCGACGCCUACGGGACGGGAGGACGCUUCCUUCGCGAUGACCACGGCGUCCACCAACAAAGGGACGACGUUCGGUCGCUCGGCCAACGGCGUCCGUUGCCACACCGUGCUGGUCCGCGGCUGCAACCCCGAGAGAGCGCAGGCGUCCAUGGUGCGCGUCAUCCGCAUGCUGUUCGUGGUCGUGGUCGAGUUCUUCGUCUGCUGGACGCCCCUGUAUGUUGUGCACACGUGGUCGCUGUACGACCCGGACACUGUCUACGACUGGCUCGGUUCUGCGGGCGUCAGCGUCGUGCACCUGCUGGCCUACGCCUCAUCGUGCUCCAAUCCCAUCACCUACUGCUUCAUGCACCAGAAGUUCCGCAAGGGAUUCCUAGCCGCCGUUGACUGCCGCCGAGGAGGACGAGGAUGCUGCGGCGGCGCGGCGUCCUGCUUCAAUCGCCAGCGUUCGGUCCGCGGCUCUACCUACGUGUCCGGCACCACGUUUGUCUACGAGGACACACAGAAGAAAGUCCCGAAUGGCCGUGGUGCGGACUUCGUUUGA